UUUGUACCUUUUUUUCUGAGAGUGUACUAUAAAAUUAACAGACCGUUUUGUUGCAUCAUGCAUCCUGUUACUGUAAACCUUUUAGUAUUAUUUGUAUACUAUUAUUGUUUUUAUUAAUUUUUUACAUUUUUAUAUAUUUCGUUUUCAUUUUAAUAUUAAGAUAAUUUUAUGUAUAUUUCAGUUUUAGUUAACAUUAAUGUACUACUCAACAAUUCUUAUAUAGGAGAGAAAAGAAGUGGUGCAUUGAUCUGCCAGUUGUGGAGAACUUUCCUCAUGUUUAUGCAUGAUGCAUUUGUAAAUUAGUGACCAAACAUCUUUAUGAAAGUUGACAGUGUUGUUGCUGAUUAAAUAAUUAUUUUUCAUCAGAUUAGAUGCUGUUUAUUAAUCACUCAACUCCUUUAUCUAAACCGCUCUACUUAACCAUAGGUAUUGUAAAUUCACCAUGUUUAUAGGUUUUUUUUUUACACUUUUCAUUUGUGUUUGUAGUUUUUAACUGUAUCCUUCUCAAAAGCGCAUUGGAUUAUGGGCAAUAUUAGCCAUAGAUCUGCAUUUCAUGGAUGGAUCUGCAUUUAAAAUUUUCACCAAAAAUAGUAAACCAUUUGGUACCUUUGGAAUACUCAUUUCAAUAUACUACAAUUUGGGACAAACUACUUCUAAUUCAAAUGAUUUAGGAUGAAUAAUAUGCAAACUGGGAUGGAGCAAAAAGACUUUUUUUCUUUUGAAUAAUGUGCAACACUGAACUGCACUCAACAAGAUGUACAUAAAGAAAGCAAACAGGGUCAGUUAGAUGUUUAUGGUUUCAGAACAUCUCAGAAGCUGAUUCUCAGUAAGUGAUCUAUUGUGAGAUGACGUCAGUUCUCUCUUUAAUUAACCCAUGGGUCUGCGUUUAAUUGGGGAGAUGCUCUUUAUGUGUUUGUGAGUGAUAUUCGGCACACUCUUCACCUCCUCUGCCUGUCUGCUAAUUGGUUAUUAUAAUGUGCUGGCUGACUGGUUUCAUUCUUAUCCUGAUUAGCCCUCUUCUAAACAUGAGCAGUUUUACGUUCUCAAAACAUACUAACCUUUUAGGUUAUUUGAGGAUCUACUCUCAUAUAAUUACAUUGGUUAGCCCACAUCUUCACCCUUCAUUGAUCAAAAUGCUAAAGAUAGUGAGUUUCAUUUGGGAGAACAAGCCGAGAACCACUUGGGUUUGCUUUUAAAACCAUCUUAGGCACAGUUUGAUCAUUUGUUUUCAUGGCAGCAAUCAAAUGGCAUAGUAUUGCGGCAGUGCGCCGCAAGUAUGAAAGUGGAUGAAUUAUUCAGUUUGAAUGAUAUCUGAUCUUAAAGGUUCUGUCAGUUGCUGAGAGGGAUGAAAGAAUAGAGGGCAAAGUCUGGCUCAGUGUGAUUUACCCAAGUAAGACAUGUUCCUGGCUCAACAGUCCUUGCCAGAACUUAGCACCCAUUUAGCAGGUUUAUGAGGAGACAGAAUUUGUGCGACCAAACUAGAUUUCACCAUCAAUCAUCAUAACUCAUAAAGAUGAUCUUUCCGACACAAUUUGAACGGACCAUUAAAAAACAUCAAACACUGAUUACACACCUACUGCGCUUCCUCUUUCUCAUUUAUGUUGCAUUAGUGCUAAAUAAACCUUCCUCUGUUAGUCAGGAAGUGAAAAAGAAAGAAAGUGAAACAUGAAAUUGUCAAGAGAAUCAAUUUUAUUCCAACUAAAAUCACUCGUAAAUAGGACCUUCCCAGGAGGACCUGAACGGAAGAAUGCUGAUCCAGGAACACUUUAUACUUGGGUAAAUUACAUUAAGCACAAACUCUGAAGGCAGAGCUCAGCUUUGUUUUCUCACUGUCUGGUAUAGAAGUACAUAGCAGAAAGAACCACCGAUUGACCUGACGGCUGACUGAAUUGACUGACUGACCCGUCCAUCCAGUGUGUCCUUCAGACGUCUUUGUAGUUUCUAAUUGUGUCUUUACCCCACGUUCCCUCUUCACUUACUUAUUUGGGACUGCUGGGACAUGACGGCCGCACUCAGGACCGGAAGCGUAGCUACAAAGCAGUGCAGUCAUGUGAUGAAGGGGUGACAUCUGGAGAGGCCCUCGCGGCCUUGGCUCAGAACUCAACAUACAUGCACAAUGUGCUCGGGCCUGCCUGCAUCUUCCUCCGCAAGGGCUUCGCUCAGAGCCGGCAGACUAACAGAGAGCUGAGACCAGAGGAACUGGAUGAGCUACGAGAAGCCUUCAAAGAGUUUGAUAAAGACAAAGACGGCUUUAUUGGCUGCAAAGACCUGGGCAACUGCAUGAGAACCAUGGGAUACAUGCCUACUGAGAUGGAGCUCAUCGAACUGAGUCAGCAGAUCAACAUGAACUUGGGAGGACAUGUGGACUUUGAGGACUUUGUGGAGUUGAUGGGCCCCAAACUUCUGGCUGAGACGGCAGAUAUGAUCGGAGUAAAGGAAUUGAGAGAUGCUUUCAAAGAGUUCGACACCAACGGAGAUGGUCAGAUCAGUACAGCAGAACUAAGAGAGGCCAUGAAGAAACUGCUGGGCCAGCAGGUGGGUCACAGAGAUCUGGAGGACAUUCUGCGGGACAUCGAUUUAAAUGGAGACGGGCACGUGGACUUUGAAGAAUUUGUGCGAAUGAUGUCGCGCUAGAGGAAAGGUGGACAAAUCACAUCAAAAACUGGAUCUCCAGUGCUCCGAUAUAGAUAGAGGAGGAUGAAGGAGAGGAAAAAUAAGGAACAAACGGGAGCAGCCUCACAAGAGGAACUUCUGGAACAUGACCUCUGACCUCAAAGCACAAAUGAAAGAACUGCACUAUAACCUUCCAUAACAGCUUUCAUGAAGCCCAGAAGCCAACAGUGGGGAUGAGAGGACGACUCUAAUAUAAAUACUGUGAUCUCUGAAAUAUAUUUGUGUAACAGGGGUUUUUACCCUAUACAAAACCUGCAAAGGGUCUGAUGCAAAAAAAUAUGCCCCGAAAGCCACCAUUUAAAACAGCAACUGAUCAAACUCAAAUAUUAAAAUAUCCAGUACUUUCAUUUACUGGCAUCUCACACCUACUUUGUAACAGUAGGGAGCAUCAGAUAAUUUUCAAUAACAUUGCUGUUUCAUAUUUAAGCUAUUUAUUAAUAUUUGUAAAGUACAGAGAGAUGAGUGUGUAUAGUUUCCCUUUAAAAGACUCUGUUUUACAGUAGCCUAUGAUAGAUUAUUACUCACAAAGAUUUUAUUUUAUAUAUCAAUGUACUGGGAAAUGCUGGAAAACUUUGCUAUCAAUCAUUUGCUAUUAUUGUACAGUACAUCGGACCUAUGCACUACUGUAUGCGUGGACAUAUUUUUAAAAUGUAGAGAAAGUUUUGCCAUAAAGAAAACAUUAAACUGCUCUUGUUUGCACACUGUCUUGCAUGAAUGCUAGUGCUGAUACCAUUGAGUCAACACAGCCGAGUAGCCUACACUUGUAAGCACACUUUGUGUAGUUUUGUCAUGUAUUUAAAUGUGUUGAGUUUAGUUAACAGUCAUAUGAGCGUCUUUGAUCUUAAUUCACUAUUUGAGAUGUACUUUGUGUGAGUGAAUGUGAGAGGUUUGAUUGAGUUUCUUGUAUCUUAUUUAUGUGUUUUCAAGUUUGUAUUACUUGAGUUAUUCUAUGCAUGCCAAAACAACUUUUUGUAGAGUGUAGAUUUCAUUAAAGAGUUGUGCAAUCAAACA